UUUACACAUGUACAGCCACCUCAUCGAAGUUUGGUUUUAAUUUCCAUCAAGUAACUUAGCCUUCGAAACAAGCCAGUUGGCAAGAGCUAGGUUCCAUCUUCAACUUGACGCUAACAUUCAAGGAUAGGGACUGCUCAUCAUGAACUCAAGCGAUUCCGAAGCAGGCGAAGAAUAUUAUGAUGAACUCGAGUCCGGCGACAAGCGCUCGAAGAACGAUGACGGCGGCUACAUACUUAGGAAUGUCCUCAAGCUUCCCCGCGCCACAACCUACACGACACAGGCACUGUACGAGCAGAUUAUUGGUGGCGACGUUAACUUGGAACCAGAGUAUCAAAGAGACGUUGUCUGGCCAGAGUCGAAGCAAGUGGGCCUUAUUGACUCUAUACUUCGCAAUUUCUAUAUUCCACCUGUGAUCUUUGUUUCGCAUCAGCACUCAGAUGGCUCAGAAACCAAGACUUGCAUCGACGGAAAGCAACGGCUCACAUCAAUACAACGGUUCAUGGAUGGACUGAUUCAUCACAAAGACCCACAAAAUGGCGACAAGUACUGGUACAAGCUGAACGCUUCCAACCAAACCGGACGGUCCCCGGGCUACAUCCUGCCUGUCAAAUAUCAACGACUGUUUGCAAAUAAGCAGAUCGUAUGUAUAGAAUUUCAAGACCUUCCUGAUUUCGAAGAACGCGAAAUUUUCCAGAGAGUACAACUCGGAAUGGCCCUCACCCCUGCGGAGAAAUUGCAGGUGACUAAUACCCCUAUGGCUAGCUUCGUGCGACAGCUAGAAGGAGAGUAUUUCGGAGAGGACAAGCCUCUGGGUGGCGAUGCCCUAGAUUGGGACCGUUCGCGCGGUGGGGACUUCCGGUGUAUCGCUCAGGCGCUCUACUGCAUUUCAAAGUACCCUUCCCUCCAGUCCGUGGGUACCGUCCUGCAGAUAGAGAAAUGGCUGCAAAACCCCACGCGACGGAUUAAAAGCAAAAAGAAAGCAAGUGAUGAUGAUGAAGACCUCACAAAAGAUGAACUCUACCUCUCAUGCAUCCAUGACACGUUCCGCGUUUUCUCGCAGCUAGUCAGCGACCCUGAUCUGUCUCCUAUAUUCCUACAAUCCGGCUGGCGCGUCUCGCCUGUUGAGUUUAUCACCAUAUGUCUCUUGAUCUCCGUGGAGAAAGAUAAACUGCAAUCACGUGCACUCGCAGAGAAGCUCGGACGCAUGCGGGAGGUGGUGCGCGAAGAACAUGUAGAUAUUCGAAUGAAUGCUCGUGUCGCUAAGACAUUGCUUGACUUCGUCAAGGGGACUGGCCAUGAGGUGCAAAGUACAUCUGGGACGAAGCGGAAGCUGGAGGAGGAAGAUGUGGAAAUACCACCGAGCAAACAGCGAAAAUCAACUGAGGCCUUGCCAGUACUGUCUCCCACUGUGAGCUCCCACAACCAAAUUCACUUUGUCAAUCCUUCUGUGCUCAGCGCUCCCACUCCUCUGCCGCCGCCACCUCGACCAACAACCAUUCCUGACAGACUGGCAGCCCUCCGCGAUGCUAAGAAGUCUAUCUCAAAUCCUUCCCCUCCACGCAUCCCGCCAACUGCACCCGCUGCUCUAAGGAAUGCUGGAUCAAGUAGAUAGGAGCGUUGUAUGUUUGCUCUAUGCACUCGCAGAACUUAAGGAGGUAUAUCACUAUCGUGGCAGAUCUGUAUCGUAUCAAUAUUUCCAAGUUGUGUCAAUUACCCGGUGAAGGUGUCGAUGUUGGUGGGUAGUCUCGGUUCGAUAAAGAUGCUAGCGUUGGUGGG